UUCAGUGUGAGUAUAAUUUCGCCGGGCUGCGGCGCAGUAGUUUCAUACAUUUGAUUCAAAUUGUCAUAAUUUUGCAAAUGAUUAGCCGAAAAUAUGUUUUGAUUGGUGUAGCUGUGGCAAUUCUAGCAUACUGUGCAUAUCGAUAUAGCUACAGAGGGAUGGCUACCGAAUCGAACUCGGAUUACAAAAACGCCAAAUCGGUGUACGAUUUCACCGUCAAGGAUGGCCAGGGUAACGACAUCAGUCUGGAGAAGUAUCGUGGCAAAGUUCUACUGAUUGUCAACAUCGCCUCAAAGUGUGGUCUCACCAAGGGCAACUACGAGGAAAUGACGGAAUUGUCCAAGAAAUACGAAGAUAAGGAUUUCGCAAUGCUUUCGUUCCCGUGCAAUCAGUUUGGAUCGCAAAUGCCAGAAAAGGAUGGAGAGGAAAUGGUAUGUCACUUGAGGAAGGCAAACGCUGAAGUGGGAGAUGUAUUUGCAAAGGUCAACGUCAACGGAGACGACGCUGAUCCGUUGUACAAGUAUCUGAAGCAUAAGCAGGGCGGCAGCUUGGGCAGUUUCAUCAAAUGGAAUUUUACCAAGUUCCUAGUGGACAAGGAAGGACAACCGGUGGCCCGGUUUGCCCCGACCACCAACCCGUUGGAUAUUGCCAAAGAUAUUGACAAGUUGCUUUGAGCUUUGAGCGAAAUUAACUGACUCGCGAGCAAGUGUGACACAUUCGAUUAUUCGUAAGCACUGCACAGCUUUAUGCAUUUCUCGGCCAUGAAUUAUUCAACAAUUGGCAACAUCACAUAAAAAAGGAUACGAAUAAUAGCAAACACUAUCAUUUUCACCAGAAUAAAUUAGUCGAUGUUGAUUUGUUUUCGCAAUAAAAUGUUACUACCACUGGAACAAA